UCGUCUGAUGGAUCCAAUGAGAUGAGGUCUUCUUGCAACUGGCGAAAUCAAAAGGGGGGAAUAGUCGGCAUAGUCGACUGUGAUUGUCAUUUAAUUACAACAGAGGUGGCACAAUUAUGGUACAAUGACGGUGCUUGGGUAAUCCUAAUUGAAGACUGCACUUUGACGCGCUCUCUGCAAAUGAAAUUUGAACUAUUACCCCUCGCUCUGUGAACCGCUGCAGCCUGCUGCUCUUCGACGAAACAGAGAGCCAUCAUUUAUUUAUAUGCAAGUGUAAACUUUUACACUUCUCCGGAGCGUUACGUGCUAAGCGCCGCCGCCAUCGCCGUAACCCGUCGGGCAUUCGGAUUGGACGAGGACGCUGCUCCACUGAAGCCUUUGGGCGUUGAGGGUGCCGUGCGUUCGGUGCAGCGGGUGCUCGCCGAGGUGCUGAACAACUGUUACCCUAACCAUAAUUGAUUUCGGUUGACGAGUUUAGACGUGUCGCUCAUGAAUUUUCCAUGUCCUGCGACUCAAUCACGCCACGGUCGGACGUAUAAAAGGCUUCAAUCCAGUUUGAAGCAUCGACACUCAACUGGAGGCAGGAUGGUGCUGCGUAAAGUCUUCCCGGCCAUGUUCACGCUGCCGAAGGAAGCCCCGGCCUGCUCGCGGAAUGGGACUCUGUACUUGCUGCGCUGCAUCUUUCUAAUGGGAGUGCGAAGGCCACCGGCUCGAUUCUUCGUUGCCUACUGCCUGUGGUCCUUUGCCCUGAAUCUCUGCUCUACGUUCUACCAGCCCAUCGGCUUCCUGACUGGGUACAUCAGCCAUCUCUCAGAGUUCUCUCCGGGGGAGUUCCUCACCUCCCUUCAGGUGGCCUUUAACGCCUGGUCCUGCUCCACCAAGGUCCUGAUCGUCUGGGCGCUCGUCAAGCACUUCGACGAUGCCAACGACAUUUUGGACGAAAUGGACAGGCGCCUCACCCAGCCCAGCGAACGCCUCCGAGUCCAUCAGGCCGUUUCCAGGAGCAACCGAAUCUUCUUCAUCUUCAUGACCGUCUACAUGGUGUAUGCCACCAACACGUUCCUCACUGCGAUCCUGAUGGGCAGGCCGCCCUACCAGAACUACUAUCCGUACCUGGACUGGCGCUCCAGCUCGUGGCAGCUGGGCCUGCAGUCGGGACUGGAAUACUUCGCCAUGGCCGGUGCCUGCUUUCAGGACGUCUGUGUGGACUGUUAUCCCGUCAACUAUGUGCUCGUGCUCCGUGCCCACAUGUCCAUUUUCGCGGACCGCCUAAGACAGUUGGGCAGCGACCCUGAGGAGAGCCCCGAGCAGCGCUACGAGCAACUAAUUCAGUGCAUCCAGGACCACAAGACCAUACUGCGUUUUGUGGAUUGUUUGCGACCCGUGAUUUCGGGCACCAUUUUUGUGCAGUUCCUCGUUGUGGGCCUGGUCCUUGGCUUCACACUCAUCAACAUUGUGCUGUUCGCCAAUCUGGGAUCGGCCAUUGCCGCCCUGUCCUUCAUGGCCGCUGUUCUGCUGGAGACCACUCCGUUCUGCAUUCUCUGCAACUACCUCACGGACGACUGCUACAACCUGGCGGACGCUCUUUUCGAGUCGAACUGGAUCGAUGGCGAGCAGCGCUACAAGAAGACGCUCAUGUACUUCCUGCAGAAGCUCCAGCAGCCCAUCACCUUCAUGGCCAUGAACGUAUUUCCCAUCUCCGUGGGCACCAACAUCAGUGUCACCAAGUUUUCGUUCUCAGUCUUUACGCUGGUCAAGCAAAUGAAUAUUUCGGAGAAGCUCUCCAAGGUCGAAGGGGAAGCCGAUUAACAAAAGAGUUCUCUUCGAAGGCACACGUGUUUCGCUCUUUCAACACAUACCCAAACCCGACUUAAAUCCUUUUAACAAUCGUUUGGUUAAUAUAAAUUCGAGCAUUUAUUAGCCGUUUAAAA